CAAAGUUACAACCCGCACGGCUCAGUACUCUAAAAACCGAUGAUGCACCUUCACAAAGUUUAUCAUCGUAGCCUCUCUCGCCUUGCUCUCUCCGUCUCUGCUCGCUCCCCUCCCUUUUCCCCUUCGUCUCUUUCCCUCUCGCCCCCCGCAUUCCUUGCUCUCCGUCCCUUCAGAAACGCCUUUUCUUCCCUCAAAACCGCCUCCACCAUGACCGCCUCUCGAUUCACCAAUCUCGUCCCCAUCAACGCUUUGGCCGGUGAAGACAACGGCGGAGGAGCCUCCAACGGCGCCGUAUCUUCUUCUUCUUCCAAUACUGCUCCCAAUGGAAAUGAAGACGAGUCGACACUGGGAGUUGGAUAUUGUCUUCCUCCACCGGAGAUCAAGGACAUCGUGGAUGCUCCCCCGCUUCCUGCAUUGUCAUUCUCGCCACACAGGAAUAAGAUACUGUUUCUUAAGCGGAGAGCUUUGCCUCCGUUGGCAGAACUAGCAAGACAGGAGGAAAAGUUGGCUGGUAUUCGUAUUGAUGGAAGAUAUAAUACUAGAAGUCGGAUGUCAUUCUAUACGGGUAUUGGAAUUCAUCAGUUAAUGCCUGAUGGUACCCUAGGGCCAGAGAAAGAGGUACAUGGUUACCCUGCUGGUGCGAAGAUCAAUUUUGUUACGUGGUCACUUGAUGGUCAGCAUUUGGCAUUCAGCAUCCGAGUUGAUGAGGAAGAAAACACUAGUGGUAAGCUUAGAGUAUGGGUUGCUGAUGUGGAGACUGGGAAUGCUAGACCUUUGUUUCAGUCGCCCAAUAUCUAUCUAAAUGCGGUUUUUGACAAUUUUGUUUGGGUAAACAAUUCUACUCUGGUAGUUUCCACCAUCCCCUUAUCCCGUGGAGCCCCCCCAAGUAAACCUUCGGUUCCCACUGGCCCAAAGAUACAAUCCAAUGAGCAGAAAAACAUUAUUCAAGUUAGGACUUUCCAGGAUUUGCUUAAAGAUGAAUAUGACGAAGAUUUGUUCGACUACUAUACAACUACACAACUUGUAUUGGCUUCUGUGGAUGGGACAGUGAAGGAAAUCGGCCCACCAGCUGUGUAUACAUCAAUGGACCCCUCCCCAGAUGGGAAGUACCUUUUGAUUAGUUCAAUUCACAGACCAUACUCUUUCAUUGUACUGUGCGGAAGAUUUCCUAAGAAGGUUGAUUUGUGGACAACUGAUGGGAAGUUUGUUAGGGAACUCUGUCAUUUACCACUUGCUGAGGACAUUCCCAUUGUAUCCAAUAGUGUGCGAAAAGGGAUGCGCUCUAUCAAUUGGAGAGCAGAUAAGCCAUCAACACUCUACUGGGUAGAGACGCAAGAUGGAGGUGAUGCGAAAGUGGAAGUUUCGCCCCGUGAUAUAGUUUAUACACAGCCUGCUGAGCCACUAGAAGGUGAACAGCCAGCGAUCUUACACCAACUUGAUCUUCGUUACGGAGGCAUUUCUUGGUGUGAUAAUUCGCUGGCUCUAGUUUAUGAAUCUUGGUACAAAACACGGCGAGUGAGAACCUGGGUGGUUUCUCCUGGAUCUGAGGAUUCUAGUCCACGUAUUCUAUUUGAUAGAUCAUCAGAAGAUGUGUACUCGGAUCCUGGCUCUCCAAUGCUACGGAGAACUCCCACCGGAACUUAUGUGAUUGCAAAGGUAAAUAAGGAAAAUGAUGAAAGCACAUAUAUUUUACUGAACGGAAGCGGUGCUACACCUGAAGGGAACAUUCCAUUCCUUGAUCUGUUUGACAUAAAUACAGGCAACAAAGAACGAAUAUGGCAGAGUGACAAAGAAAAGUAUUAUGAGACUGUUGUUGCUUUAAUGUCUGAUCAGAAAGAAGGGGAUUUGCGUCUUGAUCAGUUGAAAAUACUGACUUCCAAAGAGUCAAAAACUGAAAACACCCAGUACUACAUCCUGAUCUGGCCAGAUAAACAAGCACGUCAAAUCACAAAUUUCCCUCAUCCCUACCCACAACUCGCAUCAUUGCAGAAAGAGAUGAUCAGGUAUCAGAGAAAGGAUGGGGUUCAACUUACUGCAACAUUAUAUCUGCCACCAGGCUAUGAUCCAUCAAAAGAUGGCCCUCUUCCAUGUCUGAUUUGGUCUUACCCUGGAGAAUUUAAAAGCAAAGAUGCUGCUGGACAAGUUCGUGGUUCUCCUAAUGAAUUUGCUGGCAUAGGUCCUACAUCACCCCUCCUUUGGCUGGCUAGAAGGUUUGCAAUUCUGUCAGGACCAACAAUUCCUAUUAUUGGCGAGGGCAAUGAGGAGGCAAAUGACAGGUACAUAGAGCAGUUGGUUGCGAGUGCGGAGGCUGCAGUCCAGGAAGUUAUCCGACGUGGAGUGGCACAUCCAAACAAAAUCUCUGUCGGGGGACAUUCCUAUGGUGCAUUCAUGACUGCAAAUCUCUUAGCACAUGCCCCCCAUCUUUUCUGUUGUGGAAUUGCUCGCUCUGGUGCUUACAACAGAACACUUACUCCUUUUGGUUUUCAGAAUGAAGACAGAACUCUUUGGGAGGCCACGACCACUUAUGUGGAGAUGAGUCCUUUCAUGUCAGCUAAUAGAAUUAAGAAGCCAAUAUUGCUCAUCCAUGGAGAAGAAGACAAUAAUCCUGGAACUUUAACGAUGCAGUCUGAUCGUUUCUUCAACGCUCUGAAAGGUCACGGUGCCCUUUGUCGCCUAGUGAUUCUUCCAUUUGAGAGCCAUGGCUAUGCCUCACGGGAGAGUAUCAUGCAUGUCCUCUGGGAAACUGAUAGAUGGCUACAGAAAUAUUGUGUGUCAAAUAAUUCUGAUGUAAAUGCAGAUGUUGAUCCCACAUCUAAAGAUGAUUCAAGUAAAGGGGCUACUGAUUCCAAAAGUGAAGCAGCUGCUGCUAGUGGAGGCGGUGGUCCAGAGGCAUCACAUUUUGAAUGUGAAGAACUUCAUCCAAGGUUAUCAUUAUGUUCUUUGAACUAUGAGGUGUAGAUUACAUUGCCAUUGGCCACCGGGUGGUAAAGCUGGAGCAUGAAUAUGGUGUACAAUUUGAAGUCGGACGGCUUGGAACAGUGCAGACGGACAUCAACUUCUUGUUUUUGAACUCUGCUUCCGAAGUCUAACUCAUAAUUGAAACACAAAAUGUCAUUUGAUCCAAGCUUUACGGCACCGAGAAAUUGUGAGUUGCUGUCAAUUAACUAACUUGUGGAUUAUGGGAUGUAUUUUCUGUAUUAGUUGCUCGUGCCCAUAAAAAGCUUUUUGCACUAAAUUAUUUGUUGUCCAAGUGCAUAAGAGCUCAUUAUUUCGCUCGAAGGUGUAAUUUGAAGGAUUUUCUAUCGGUUGUAGCAUUCAUCUGUGAAUUUAUUGUACUAGAUAUGGCAGAAUGAGCAAUAAUUUCA